AUGAACAAUGUGUCAUAUGAAUUGAACGAAGUUCCCGCAGCGUCUGAAACACAUUUAUCCCCAUCUGAACGUUCUAUGUCUGACACGGCGUUGAAAUUGCAGGCGAGCUCGUCUUAUGAUUCCAAACCUUCCAACAAAGCUGUGUCUGAUUCACCGAAAGAUAAUGCUGACACGUCAGCGUCUAGGUCGGAAUAUUACCGUCUGAUGUACGCUUGCCUACAGGAGAAAUUUGACUAUGUGCAAGCAAGUACUGAUCGACUGCGAGAUCGCCUGUAUCAUGUCAAGAAAGAGGUCACUUAUCUUAAAAGAAUGAAACGUGUUUUGAUUCGUCGCUUAGCUCGCUAUGGUGAAUCUUAUUCAUAUGCACCGCUGGAGAUACCAGAUAAUGUCGACAUCGAAGACCCAGUAGUGAAAAGACGAAAGGAGCGUCGAGAGAGGGAACGAGAACGAAAGGAAGCAAUUAGAGCAGCUAAGAGAGCUCAAAGUGGCAUCAGGGAAGAACACACCUCCUCUAGUAAUUUACUGCUACAUUCAUCAAGCGUUAUCGGCGCUGAGCAAGGUCCUUCACAAAAUUCCGCUAUUAAGAAUGCGAUGAAAAUGACAUCUACUGAAGUGUGUGAUCUCUCUUCUCAUGGUUACACUGUCCAGCAAUGGAUUGGGCAUUGUUUCGGUGGAGCAGGUGAUGUUUUCUUUGGAAGAUGCAAUGACUCGACUCGAGUUGCUAUAAAACGAAUUCCUCUUGAUGCGCUGGACAUCACGUUUGAUCCAUCGAGAGCAGAGAGAACUCCGAGGAGCAUACUCGUACUCUCGUGCAUGCAAAAUCACCGGAUAGAGGCCAGCUACUUCGAAUAUCGUCUAGGAUUGUUGCGACACCCUCAUAUAGUUGAUUUCCACGCUUCUUUUGUGGAUGGGCCCUCGAUAUUUUUGGUGCUUGGCAGUUGUAAUUACGGUUCUGCGUCCGAUGUGAUAUUAUCUUCCUAUCAGUGUGGUAUUCCUGAGAAGGCGAUUGCUUUGAUUCUUCGUCAACUUCUUACUGCCCUUGUUUAUCUACAUGCGCAACGGAUUAUCCACAGGUCGAUUCGGGCUAGUCAUCUCCUCCUCGAUUCGGCUGGUGGUGUCCGCUUGACGGGGUUCCGUCUUGCGCGAAAGCUGCGACCUGGUGAGACAUCCACCACCGAUUUCGACAAUCACGUCGAGGCUUCACUGCUUUGGCUUGCUCCAGAAGUUCUGGCCCAAGACCUCAGCGGAUACUCAACCAGCGCAGAUAUCUACAGUGUAGGUACCGCACUCUGUGAAAUGGCGAACGGUUUUCCUCCGUUUGGUGAUAUGAAUCGAUUGGAGAUGCUUUACGAGAAGUCUAGAGGUACCACGCCACGACUAUUGGAUUCCACCACGUUGCCCUCUUACGAAGAACCUUCCGAGCACAGCAGACGCACCUUCACGGAGGCGUUCCAUAACAUUACCGGACUGUGUUUGAAAGUCAACCCUGCCAACAGGCCUGACGCCAACAGCCUUCUUUCUCAUCCAUUUUUGAAAAGAACAAGGAAGACGCUCCCUGAUCUCAUGCCACUUGCUCAAACUUUGGACCAAGUUCAAAGAGUACCAAGUAAAAAGGAUGUCACUGUCGAGGAACAAAAUGUUCCUGAAUGGGUAUUCUGA